CCCACACCACCUCUGAUCUCUCUGUAGUGUUUCUUUCUCCCACAUUCUCAUCUGAAACAAACUCACAAACACAUUCAUUCAUGGCUAAGCACUACUUUAGGCUAUUUUCUUCUGCUUUGCUUGUUUUGUCCUUCAUGGUGGUGCAGGCUGAAGUAGUUUGGGGUCAAGAUGGUACUGAAAGGAGGAAAGAAAUGGUGCCUGCAAUGUUCAUAUUCGGAGACUCUCUGAUUGACAAUGGCAACAACAACAACCUCCCUUCAUUUGCCAAGGCCAACUAUCCCCCCUAUGGAAUCGAUUUCAAUGGCGGACCAACUGGUCGUUUUAGCAAUGGUUACACCAUGGUUGAUGAAAUAGCUGAAUUGCUAGGACUUCCUUUAAUUCCUGCGUACUCUGAAGCUUCUGGAGAUCAAGUGCUUCAUGGUGUCAAUUAUGCAUCUGCAGCCGCUGGAAUCCUUGAUAUCACUGGCAGAAACUUUGUGGGUCGCAUACCCUUUGGUCAACAAAUAAGCAACUUCCAGACUACAGUUGAUCAGAUAACGGAGACUCUGGGUGCAGAUGAUGUUGCCCGGGCCAUUGCAAAGUGCAUAUUCUUUGUUGGAAUGGGCAGCAAUGACUACCUAAACAAUUACCUUAUGCCCAACUAUAACACCAAGAAUCAAUACAAUGCUCAACAAUUUGCUGAUCUCUUGGCUCAACAAUACACUCAGCAACUCACUAGGCUCUACAAUCUUGGUGCUCGAAGAUUUGUUAUUGCUGGAGUUGGGAGGAUGGGUUGCAUACCAAGUAUCUUAGCCCAAAGUCCAAAUGGAAGCUGCUCAGAGGACGUCAAUCGCCUUGUUCUACCCUUCAACGCAAAUGUGAAGACAAUGAUCAACAAUCUUAAUACCAACUUACCUGGUUCGAGGUUCAUUUACAUUGACAUUGCUCGAAUGUUUGAAGACGUCGUCACCAAUGCUAGAGCUUAUGGAUUCAGUGUUGCGAAUCGUGGAUGCUGUGGUAUUGGGCGUAACAGAGGGCAAAUUACAUGUCUUCCAAUGCAAACACCGUGCCCAAAUCGUGACCGGUACGUGUUCUGGGAUGCAUAUCACCCAACUGCAGCUGUGAACAUCUUAAUUGGCAGGAAAGCUUUCAGUGGAGACCCUAGCCAGGUUUACCCCAUGAACAUACAGCAGCUUGCCACUCUUAACAUUGAAACCAAUUAGCUAAUGAGUGGACUCGUCAUCUGAAACUAGCUAGCUAGGAACUUUGGUUCUAGUUUAUCAUUUGGCACAAUCCAUUUUGAUUUUGCUACUUUGUCUAAUCGUCCAUGUACUAUGUACUGCUUACUACAAUCGCAUCUACGUAUUUUAAUUUUG